CAUCAUCGUAACGGGCAGCAGCGAGACUGCGCUGUUAAGGCGCUGCUACUGGGGAAAAUGUCGUCCACGAGAAGGUCAGCGAGAUUAUUAUGCCUGUCAUGUGCUCUGGCUGAGGCGUUGGGUUUCAUCUACUCCCUCCCCAAGGUACAUCAGCUGCGGCGGCAACAACAACGUAGUCAGCAGCAACACCAACACCAGCUAGGGGCGAUGGGGAGCCAACGACGACCCGCUGCCACGUCGUCGAGGGGUUCGAGAGCCUUGGGAAUGGCCUUGGAUGACUUCGUGCUGGAGCAGCUGUCCGGGAUAGACCGGACGUUCAACGAGCUGACCGAGCGCUUGGGCGACCCGGACGUGCUCGCGAACCCCAAGCUGAUCAUGGAGGUUUCUCAGGAGCGGGCCAGCGUAGAAGAGAUCGUGAACUGCUACGCCGAGUACACAAAGGCAGCGGAAGAUCUCGAAGGAGCGAAGGAAAUGUUUACGGAGUCGUCCGGCGCGGGGGGCGACGCAGAGAUGAAGGAGAUGGCGAGGGAGGAGAUCCGCGAUCUGGAGGAGGUAAUGGAGGCACUCGAGACCAAGAUGAAGCUCCUUCUCUUGCCCACGGACCCGAACGACAACCGCAACGUCAUGCUCGAGAUCCGCGCCGGUACGGGCGGCGACGAGGCGGCUCUGUGGGCGGCAGAACUUCUGGGAGUGUACAAGAAGUACGCGCUCGAGCAGGGGUGGAGCCUUAAGGUCAUCGAGAGCGCCAUGGUUGAGGCGGGGGGGUUCCGCACCGUGAUCGCGGAGGUGAGCGGGGACAAGGUCUACAGCAAGCUCAAGUACGAGGCGGGGGUCCACCGCGUACAGCGAGUGCCGGCUACCGAGACCCAGGGGCGGGUACACACCAGCACGGCCACCGUGGCGAUCAUGCCCGAGGUGGACGAGGUUGCUGUCAACAUCCGCCCCGAGGACAUCGAGAUCAAGACGGCCCGCUCGGGGGGGUCGGGCGGGCAGAACGUCAACAAGGUCGAGUCCGCCGUGGAUCUCUUUCACAAGCCAACGGGGAUCCGCAUCUUCUGUACGCAAGAGCGGAGCCAGCUUAAGAACAGGGAGGUUGCGAUGAAGCUGCUACGCUCAAGGGUGUACGACAUCGAGCUGGAGAAACAACAGGCGGAGACCUCGGGGAACCGCAAGGCUCAGGUGGGAUCCGGAUCGCGAUCCGAGAAGAUCAGGACGUACAACUGGAAGGACAGCCGGUGCUCCGACCACCGAAUAGGGAAGAACUUCCCGCUCAACAACUUCCUGUCGGGCAGCGGCCUGGACGACAUGAUUGGGGCCUGCAUCCUUCUUGACCAGCAGGAGCUCAUGGCCGAGCUCGCGGCGAAGCAGCGGCAGGGUCAAGAAGGCGGCGUAGCCAGCAGAUAGGAAAGAGAAAUAGGUGGUUUCGGUCCGCGUGCCCCCCCCCCCUCCCGCUCCGGCGGCGGAAAGCGGAUGAUGGACACAGCCAUGGCUUACCUUUUUCCUGAAGACAUUUUGUGGCCCGCCGCGGUGGCAGUGGCGGAUGGGCGACUGGCUCCAUUUCGAGGGACACGUUGGUUGAUCAUGAAACGCAACACACAGCGUCCUCUCCGGGGAGAUUGGUUUUUGGGCGAGAUCAAGCAAGAUGUUUGGAAGGCAUCCCGUCCCCGUCUGUGUGAUCGUGGAUGGGGUGCAAGGUCGAAUAUUUGCGACUGACUGUAGAGUUUUCCUGUCGCGUUCGGCUUCGGGAGAGAUAGAGAGACGGCGACAUUCAAACAACCCACGUUCCUGCCUGUGCUUAUGGUGCUGGAGAGCAGCCGUGAAAAAGCGGCAGGUGGAGGAAGAUGGCGUGGGGCUUGUUGAGUUGCACCAAAUGGUAAUUGUACACCGGUAGACAGAGAACGCACUAUUUACGAGGCGAUCUACGAGGUAGGGGGAAGGCAAGUUACUGCCCGUCCGCGGGUUGUAUUUGUGGUCCUGGGCCAACACGAUCCUCUCGCACACGCAACACAAGACUUAUGGUGGACGGGUUGGCACCGGUAACACCGCCGUGACAUAUGCAUAGCCAUGCCAUCAUGUUGUUGUUGUGCACCGAUCGAUGCUAAUAUAUCUGUUUGGGC